AAACGGAAAAGAAGAGGGGGACCUGGACAUCACAGCUGUCCGGACUGUGGCAAGUCCUUCACAACAUCUGGAAGUUUAAAGGUUCAUCAGAGAGUUCACACUGCAGAGAAACCAUACAGCUGUGAACAGUGUGGAGCAGCUUUCAAACUGUUACACUCUCUCAAAAGACAUCAACGCAUUCACUCUGGAGAGAAGGGGUACAGCUGUGAAAAAUGUGGGAAAACCUUUUCUCACAGUAGUCACCUUAAAGACCACCAACUCAUUCACAGUGGAGAUAAACCAUACAGCUGUGAUCAGUGUGGGGCAGCUUUCACAACGGCGGGUAAACUUAAAGUCCACCAACGCAUUCACACUGGAGAGAAGCCAUACAGCUGUGAACAAUGCGGGGCAGCUUUCUCACAGUUAUAUUACUUAAAGGCCCACCGACGUGUUCAUACUGGAGACAAACCAUACAGCUGUGACCAAUGUGGAGCAGCUUUCACAACGUUGGGUAGCCUUAAAGUCCAUCAACGCAUUCACACUGGAGAUAAAUCGUACAGCUGUGACCAAUGUGGGGCAGCUUUCUCACAGUUAUCUCACUUAAAGACCCACCGACGGAUUCACACUGGAGAUAAACCGUACAGUUGUGAUCAGUGUGGGGCAGCUUUCAGAACGUCGGGUAACCUUAAAGUCCAUCAGCGCAUACACAGCGGCGAGAAGCCAUACAGCUGUGCUCAAUGCGGAGCAGCUUUCACAACGUCUGGGAAACUUAAAGCCCACCAUCUCAUUCACACUGGAGAAAAGCCGUACAGCUGUGACCAAUGUGGGGCGGCUUUCACACAGUUGUCUUACUUAAAGGCCCACCGACGUAAUCACACUGGAGAGACGCCGUACAGCUGUGAACAAUGCAAGGCAGCAUUCACAACAUCCGUUAAACUGAAAGCCCACCAACGCGUUCACAGUGGAGCGAAGCCGUACUGCUGUGACACAUGUGGGGCAGAUUUCCCGCAGUUAUCGAACUUAAAGGCCCACCAACGCGUUCACAGUGGAGAGAAGCCGUACAGCUGUGACACAUGUGGGGACUCCUUCUCACAGUUAUCUCACUUAAAGACCCACCGACGUGUUCACACGGGGGACAAACCGUACUGCUGCGAACAAUGUGGGGCAGCUUUCACAACGUCGGGUAACCUGAAAGCCCACCGACGCAUUCACACUGGCGAUAAACCCUUCAGCUGUGACCAAUGCGGGGCAGCUUUCACAAAGGUAGACAACUUAAAAUCCCACCGGUGUGUUCACACUGGAGAGAAGCCGUGA